AGCGCUGGCCCCUGGCGGGGACCCCUUCGCCCCCUCCCCUUGGAGCCCCUGAAAGCUGCCGAGUCCGCGCUUCCUGCCAAAGGUGGGAGGCCUUGCUAAGCCGUACGGAGCUGACUCCGCGCGGGGGCGCGCGGGCGUGCUUCUUGGCCCAGUUCCUCUUGGGCAAAGACUACCCCAGCCUCCCUUCGUGCAGCCCAGGGCCUUCUGAAUAAGGGGCGCUCUUGCCAGUCCUGCCAGAUUUGGGCUUCGGCUUUUCUUAAAGAUUUUCCUUCCUUUCCUCUGGUUCCCUUAGGAGGAACUAUUCUCUGUUCCCCUAGAAAACGAUGAGACCUGCAGACCUCGGUGCUCUCCCUGAUGUGCAUUUGAUUUGUAUUGACUGUAUCAUGAUCUUCAUUGCUUUGCGUAUAAUGACCAGAUUUUCAAAGAAGUCAACACAGGCUUUGGUGGUUGAGUACCUUGAGAGGACAAGGAGGUUCCUGUGGCUUCAAGUGUCUCUGCUUCUGCCCCCGUCAUUCCAUUUCAUGGCGGACUUAACCCAGAAGCACAUAUUUUAAUGCCUCCUGGUAUAGACCCAGAAGAUUAAUUUAGGUCUUCCGAACAGGAAACUGCAGGAUACGGAAUUAAGACCUAAGAACUCGCUUGGUGUCCUUUUCUCCACCCCUUCCUUCCCUUCCAGAUGUGUUCUAAAAUUCUAAGUGAUGGGCAACCUUUGGAACGUUCACAUUUAAGACUCUCCCCAUAACGUGCAGAGAGUUUAUGAUGCUUCAGAUUAAAACUAAAGAGUAUCUGUUGAUUGAAAAUUCAAGUCUGGAACUUGAGACGGUUUCAAGAACUGGGAGUCAGUAAGUUGGUAUUGGCCGUGUGCGGCAUGCAUCCUGACCAUCAGGAAACUCUAAAAAAGAACCGCGUGGUGCUUGCCAAACAGCUGUUGCUGAGCGAGCUGUUAGAACAUCUUCUGGAGAAGGACAUUAUCACCUUGGAAAUGAGGGAGCUCAUCCAGGCCAAAGGGGGCAGUUUCAGCCAGAAUGUGGAACUCCUCAACUUGCUGCCCAAGAGGGGUCCCCAGGCUUUUGAUGCUUUCUGUGCGGCACUGAGGGAAACCAAGCAGGGCCACCUGGAGGAUAUGUUGCUCACAACGCUCUCUGGUCUUCAGCGUGUACUCCCACCGUUGAGCUGUGACUACGACUUGAGUCUCCCUUUCCCGGUGUGUGAAUCCUGUCCCCCUCACAAGCAGCUACGCCUGUCGACAGAUAUUGUGGAACACUCCUUAGACAAUGGAGAUGGUCCACCCUGCCUUCAGGUGAAGCCUUGCACUCCUGAGUUUUAUCAGACACACUGCCAGCUGGCCUAUAGGUUGCAGUCUCGGCCACGUGGCCUGGCACUGGUGCUGAGCAAUGUGCGCUUCACUGGAGAAAAAGACCUGGAAUUUCGCUCUGGAGGGGACGUAGACCACAGUACUCUAGUCACCCUCUUCAAGCUUUUGGGCUACGACGUCCAUGUCCUACAUGACCAGACUGCACAGGAAAUGCAAGAGAAACUCCGGAAUUUUGCACAGUUACCUGCACACCGUGUCACGGACUCCUGCAUCGUGGCCCUCCUCUCGCAUGGUGUGGAGGGCGCCAUCUAUGGUGUGGAUGGCAAACUGCUCCAGCUACAAGAGGUUUUUCGGCUCUUUGACAAUGCCAACUGCCCCAGCCUGCAGAACAAGCCGAAAAUGUUCUUCAUCCAGGCCUGCCGUGGAGAUGAGACUGAUCGUGGGGUCGACCAGCAGGAUGGAAAGAACCAUGCAGGCUCCCCUGGGUGCGAGGAGAGUGACGCCGGUAAAGAAGAGUUGCUGAGGAUUAGACUGCCCACCUGCUCAGACAUGAUAUGCGGCUAUGCCUGCCUCAAAGGGACUGCUGCCAUGCGGAACACCAAACGGGGUUCCUGGUACAUUGAGGCCCUCACCCAAGUAUUCUCUGAGAGAGCCUAUGACAUGCACGUGGCCGACAUGCUGGUUAAGGUGAAUGCACUUAUCAAGGAGCGUGAAGGCUAUGCCCCUGGCACGGAGUUCCACCGAUGCAAGGAGAUGUCUGAGUACUGUAGCUCUCUGUGCCGCCACCUCUACCUGUUCCCAGGAUACCCUCCCAUGUGAUGCCACUCCUCCAUUAUCCCUGCUAGAUGGAAGCCACUGGAUCACAGGAGGUGUGAUAGAGCCUUUUCUCUUCAGGAUGCAUGAUUUCUGUUCCUCCCCCUCAGGGAUGUGGGAAUCUCCCAGGCUUGGUUCCUGUACCCAUCCUCUCCACCUUCGAGUGUGGGACUGCAGCCCAGCUCCUCCUCUGUGAAGCUCUUUCCCUGUAGAGCCGGCUCUUGUUGGACCUGUUGCCAGGAAUGUUUUGGCUACAGUUAAAGAGCCUGACAAGUGACGUUGUAAACACGGUGUGUCAUGGGGAGAGGGCAUGUGGGUUUUUCUCCAUAUUUGUAUUCACUUCCUGCCCCCAGGGCUUUUGUAGGUAGCACUUUAGUAAUUGCUUUUAUUACAUUAGUUAAGAUGUCUCAGAGAUCAUCUGAUAUCUUUCCUUUCUUUCAUAUCCUCGACCCCAUUUGUCCCAGAGUGAGAGUUUGGAAGGUGUCCAAAUUUAAUGUAGACAUUUUUCAUUUGGCUUUGAAGAGGCAGCCCUGACUGGAGACACACCCUGCUGCCGUGUGCGGAAGUGGCCUGUGCAUUCCCUUCAGUACUGCAGGGCCACCCAAUGGAAGGACACUCUUGGCUCCUCUGGGUUCAAGCCACCCAGCCUUUUCUCAUAGGUUAGGUAUGGGUGCCUUGCGUCUAUACCUUACUGAUCUUUGCCCAUAGAAGUCCCGAAGACCUUUCCUUGGUCAUUCUUUAUCUGACCUUUGUUACUGAAAUGAGCCUUGUAGGGAGUGUCACAGAAGGCCAGGUGUGCUUCCUCAGACUCUAACCUUGCCGUCUCCUCUCUUCCUUCCUUUGAAAUGUCUCUCUCUCUUCCUUAUUGUUCUCACUUCCAUUCAAUCCACCUAUACAACAUAUUUGGGUUUCUAGAAAAGCUUCCUGGUUGUUAGCUCCCUGCUUUAUGUCUCUCCCCUUUACCUUCAUUUCAUCCUGUUUAAUUCUGCCACCAAAUCUAUCCAAAAUACUACUUCACUGGAUCGUUGGCCACUCCAAGAUGUAAUAUACCUUGUUACUGAUUUCUGCUUCGGUAUUAAUCUCCCCUUUGAUUUUAUCCUUUAUUUCAGCGAGGCUGUUGCUGUACAUGUUGUUAUUCUUUCAGCCUAGAAGCCUUCUUUAUUCAUGCUUAUCUGAAACUUUACUCUUCUUUUUUAACUUCCAUUCUUACCCCCUUCUUUCUUUUCAUAUAAUAGUGUAGUUUUUGGUCAUUGUGUUCCUAAGCAUUCUUUUCCUGUGUCUUUCACUACAUCCUGUCUGUUACCUUCAUUGCCAUUUAUAAUUAUAUAUUUGCUUGUUUUACUUGUUCAUUCUUCUCUACUAGGCUGUAAAUGAGGGCAGAAACUUUGUCUCUUUUAUUCACCAGUAUGUACCCAGUGCCUGGCACAUAGUAAGUCUUCAGUAAAUGUUUGUCGAAGGAAGGAAGCAAGGAAGCCAACCCCAGCUAAAAUCCCACUUUUUGAUAAAAUUUCCCUUUUGACAAUAUACGUGUUUAGUGUUUGUACUCUAUGUUUUUCUAUGUGUUUUGUUUUUAUCCACUGGUAUUUUUAGCUACUUGAGGACAUAUCAUGUGUGAGAUAGCUUCCUUCACAUCUCUCAUAGGCCUGUAGUAGCCAGGGUGCUCAAUAAAUACUUGUUCUGCGAGCCAGGUGGUUUGAAGACUUGCUGCCCAGUCCUGCCUUUGGGUCAGUAUAGUAUGGAAGUAUUUGAAUGAUAUAACCUUUCCACUCCCACUGCCAGGAUUUUGUAUUGCCAUCAGGUGCCAAAUAAAUGCUCAUAUUUAUUACUGA